AUGGACAUCACCACGGAAGAUGUCCUGGUCUUUUUCGAGGAUCCCAUCUCGAUUGACGGUCAAAUUACCGACGUCUCCAUGUCUCCUGAGGAGAGCAAAGGAGGUAAUUGUAUACACAGUUGUCACCAAAUAUCCAUGCCAUCAUCAUCAAUGAGAUCAAGCCAUGCUGCAUCAUUGGACGUGACAUCCAUGCCGUCAUCACUGGUCUUGCCCGCAGAAGGCGUGGAGUUGGAUAACGAGCUUGCCGCGUUCCAUUUACUCAUGGCUUACGCGGAAGCCAUGGAAAUGGGACAAGAGGAGCUCGCGGAAGUGAUCGCGAAACGCAUCAGCGAGAAAGUUAGUCCAGUUGGAGAUACCGUGGAGCGUCUAUUGUACUACAUGUUCCACGCCCUGGACAAGCAGUCGGACUACCUCAAGCAAGAGUCCGCCAAAAACUUCUAUCAGGCUUUCAAAGCAUUCUACCAGAUAUUCCCAAACGGAAAGUUCGCUCAUUUUGCGGCCAACUUAGCGAUUCUCGAAUCCUUGCCCGACGAUGCAGAUACCAUACGCAUCUUCGACUUUGACAUUGGAGAGGGUAUACAGUGGGCUUCCUUGAUCGAGGCCAUCGGACAUCAGUGCCGAGAAGUGACGCUGACGUCGGUGAAAUUCGCGGAGGGGGAGGAUGCCGCCAUGGAUGCAAAUCCCUUGACCAUGUGGAGGUUUGAGGACGCAAAGAAACAGCUUUCGGAUUACGCAAGGUCGUAUGGCUUAAAACUGAUGGUGGACGAGGUGGAAUUAGCUGAUCUUGUUGGUGAGCUCAAGAAUAUUAGUAAUCGAAAACAGGGAUCAUCCGGGAGAAGACAAUUCUUGGUGUUCAACUGCAUGGUUGGACUGCCGCAUAUGGGCAGGGUAAGGAGCAGAAGGGAUGUCUUUGAGUUUUUACAAGCAUCUCAGAGCUUCUUGCAAUUAGUACAUGCCUCUGCUGCUUGUGGCAAUUACAAGGGCGGCGUCAUUACUUUUGGUGAUGGAGAUGCCUGGGAGAAAGUCAGAAAUACCUCUACUUACGGCUCAUUCUUGGACGGAAAUAUGGCACAUUACCAAGCCCUGUUGGAGUCGAUAAAACUGAACUUCCCGAGUUAUCUUGGGGAGGCAAGAACUGCCAUGGAAAACCUAUUCGUGGCACCAUCUGUUUCUUCUCUUGCAUGGGCUGAAAAAUGGGAGGAAAGGAAGAGAUAUGGUCAGCUGGAAUUAGGAUUUGGGUUGGAGGGUCUGAAGCUGAGCCGAGAGAGUUUGAUGGAGGCCAAGGAAGUUGUUAGAGAAGGUGAGAGUCUAUAUGGGGUGAGGAUGCAAGGUGAAAGCCACAAUGAGAUGGUGAUGGACUGGAGGGGGACGCCCAUGGUUAGAGUUUCUUGCUGGAGAAGUUGA